GGUGUUUGAAUCCUCCACGCGUUCUCACUACAAGGUUUAUGGUUCAAAAACUUGAAUAUCAAAGAAAAAGUUCGUUUAAUCAAGGUAAAAGGUUCAAGUCUAUUUGUGUUGGUUACAUUCCAGUAUUGCAUUUAUGUAGAAAAUGGACGGUUUGUCCUAUUGUGGUCACCACUUGUUGGUUCAGCUGUUGGAAUGUUGUUGAACAACACUUUGCUUUACAGCUAUAUCUUUUGAAAAGCAAACUCAAAUUGUUGCUGUAUUAUCCUUUGAUAUAUUCCACAAAUAUGUUGUUCGACUGGUUACUCGAUCGGUUGAAAAGGUUCCAACAACGUCUCCGUCUUAACUUUUCUGAUGUCAUCACAAAAAUAACAAAUUACAAACCCUCUUUGAACUUUCCUUGGAUGGACGGGCAGAUUUAUGUAUUUCACUUUGAAAGAACAAGUCCUGAGAAAAAAACUCAGAAGCCUAUGACAACAGUGGAAGAAGCAUGCAAUACGUUUGAAAGAAAUUGUUUAAACAAAUAUGAUGAAAGAGUGAACAGUUAUAAUAAAUUAUCAAAUACAGAAGAGACGACUAUGCUGCUUAACCAAGUCAUCACCAAACAGCCAUCGGAGAAUGUCCCAUCAAAUGAGUCCUCAAAAGGGAAUGAUGACCGUCUAUAUAUGAAUUUACUGGAAGCAAAACGGAUCAUUGAAUCUUGUAUAGCUGACAAGUAUAAUCAGGCAGACUUUACUGAAAAGAAAACAUCAACCAGUUGUCCCACAUCGCCUAGUGAAACAACCGAUAUCGCAACUCAAAAGAGUCGUUGGUUAUUCGUGUCUUACGAUACGCUAACAUUUUGUGAAACUUUUGCUGGACGAAUAGCUAUGCCUGCCUUGUUUAUUUGUUUCCUCAGAGAAUAUUUUGAACCUGGACAUCCCAUGCUUACCUCUCAGAUCCUAUCACUUUUACCUUUACAAGUUUAUGGUGAUAUAGCACCAUCUGGAUACAACCCUUAUAUUACUUAUAUUAGUGGAUUGUUAAAAUCCGAGACGGAAACAAGAGUCACCCAACUGGUACAUGUAAUCUUCAAUUUGAUACUGUCAUCUCUUUUUGCGAAAUUGAAUAUUGCUACCAAUAUUCUCAAAAUCUUAUUAGGCGCUUGAAAUAGUCAGAAAAAUAACAGUGACUUGAUAACAGCAUGAUUGUUGAAGGUUAACAUGGAUAUGCUGAAUUCAUAGGACAUUAUGUGUACAUGAGUAGACUGCAAUGGAAUGAUAUGGAUGACAAAUUGAU